AUGACAACACCAUGUACGUUAACAGAGUAUGAAGUACUUAAUCAUACAUUGCCGAAUAAACUUUAUCUUAUUUUAACACCAUUUAUUAUUUGUAUUGGAUUAAUUGGAAAUAUUCUUACUGUUUUCGUAUUUGUUUUAACUGAUCUUAAAAGACAAUCAGUAUCGAUAAUAACGAUUGCUUUAGCUAUAGCCGACUCAUUUGUUCUUCUUAUACCUGUUGCAAUUCUAUGGCUUGAAAAACUUUUACGGCAAGAAUUAACUGAUCUAUCACCAUUUUGGUGUCGUACGCAUGGUUUCUUUGAUUUAACAUUUACAUGUUGUUCAAGUUGGUUAAUGGUUUGCAUAGCUUUUGAACGUUUUUGUGCUGUUUGGUUACCACAUAAUAAUAAAGCAAUACUUACGCAUCGGAAAACAUUGAUUGUUGUUCUUAUUAUUGUAUUUAUUUCAACAGUUUUAUCAACAUGGUUUAUAUUUGUUGUUAAAGCAACCAAAAUUCAAACAUUAUUACUGAAAAAUUCUACUGAGAACACAUUGGUUACUUUAGAUAACCGUUCGCUAAUUCAAUCUUCUUGGAAAUGUAAUCUUAUUGAUGAUAGUCUUUAUGAUUCCAUGGGUAUGUUUUCUGUCAUAAUUAAUUAUGUAUUACCAUUUAUUUUUCUAUUACUAUUAAAUUCAACUGUUAUUUAUCGCUUAUGUCAACGUGGUAUUGUUGAUCUAAGAUCAUCAAUCACUGUUAUGUUAACGCUUGUUUGUAUAGUGCAUUUAUUUUGUACAUUACCAUUUCAAUGUUGGUGGAUUUAUUAUGAAGUUCGAGAUCAAACAGGUGAUUGUUCGUGGUUAAAAAGGAAAUUAACAUGGCAUGCAAUAACAUUUACGAUACGAAAUUUCAAUUAUAUGGCAAAUUUUUUUCUUUAUUCAUGUUCAUCAAAAUUAUUUCGUAAUGAACUAAAAGGUUUAAUUGUUUUAAGUUUACUACCACAUGAAAAACAUCAAAGUUAUCAUUAUCGUCGACAAUCGUUAUAUGAUAAUAGGCGACAACAAAGCAUUUCUUUAACACGAUUGAUUAUGAGACGAUUAAGUAGAACAGCUGCAUAUAAACAUGUUGGAGCUAUUCAUAGUGUAGCAGCUGAAAUACCACUCACUAGUCUAAAUGAACAUGGCUGA